AUGUUAAGAAGACAAGCACGUGAGAGAAGGGAAUAUUUAUACCGUAAAGCCCAAGAGCUACAAGAUUCUCAACUACAACAGAAAAGACAAAUUAUUAGACAGUCUCUAGCGCAAGGUAAGCCUCUACCGAAAGAGAUUGCUGAAGACGAAAAAUUGCAAGAAGAUUAUAGGUACGACCAAACUAUCAAAGGGGAACUUGAGGGCGAUCUUGAUGAUAUUGAUGAUGAAUAUUCAGAAACAAGUGGUAUUGUUGAACCAAGAUUGAUUGUGACGACAUCGAGAGAUCCAAGUACCAGAUUAUCUCAGUUUGCAAAAGAAAUUAAAUUAUUAUUCCCAAAUGCAGUUAGAUUGAAUAGAGGUAAUUAUAUCAUGCCAAAUUUAGUUGGUGCAUGUAUUAAAUCUGGUACCUCUGAUUUAGUUGUGUUGCAUGAACAUAGAGGUGUUCCAACAUCUUUGACUAUUUCCCAUUUCCCACAUGGUCCAACAGCAUUUUUCACAUUACAUAACGUUGUGCUAAGACACGAUAUUCUAAAUCACGGUAACCAAAGUGAAGUUAAUCCUCAUUUAAUAUUCGAUAAUUUCACAACACCAUUGGGAGAAAGGGUUGUGAAAGUUUUAAAGCAUUUAUUUUCUCCAAGUCCAAAGAAGGAUUCUCCAAGAGUAAUUACAUUUGCCAAUAGAGGUGAUUUCAUUAGUGUCAGACAGCAUGUUUAUGUUAAGACACGCGAAGGCGUUGAAAUGGCUGAAGUUGGUCCAAGAUUUGAAAUGAAAUUAUUUGAAUUAAGAUUAGGCACAUUAGACAAUAAAGACGCUGAUGUUGAAUGGAAAUUAAGAAGAUUUAUUAGAACUGCUGGUAGAAAGGACUAUUUAUAG